ACCAAAAUGCCAAACGACAAAAUAAAAUAUUACGAAGACUUGCUUUUCGAUUAUGAAACAUCGUACAGAACUCAAUACCGUGGUGGUGACAUACAACCACUCGUUAAGACGGUGUAUAAAGCAAAACCGAAGUGCUACAGAACUAGGCCUGCGCCUCUGAGAGAUAUACACACGCUGGUCGAUUGGAAGGACUCCCGAAUUCCGCCUUUCAACUUGUUUCAUAAGCCAAAGGAUAUUGUUCGUAUUAAUCCGUGGGAUGUCCAGCAGCCUUAUGAGAAUCCAGAUAUGGAGGCUUCAAGGGAGAAGGUGCAAAAAACGCGGCCGCGGCUUGUGAUGACGCCGGCGGUGAGUAUGGACGACAUCGAUGAGCCGGCCACGCGGCGGAUCCUUUGCGGCGAGACGUACUGCAGCGCCGCGAGCCGAGCCAUGCGCGAGACGGCGGCCUUGCGGCCUGCGCGUGCCAAUGUGAAGGCGCCUUUACCAGGACUGCCGGCGCCUGCAAACCCAAUCACCCUACCCAAGCUACAGCCACCGUUCGUGUCGCCGGAGUGGCGCAUGGAGACGGCCUCGUGGGACGCUAGGCAGCUACGGGCCCAUUGCGACCACACCAAGUCGUUCUGGCUUGGACAAGCACCGAUGAGGUGCCAAAUGUGUGACGAAACGGCUAUAGUUCAAGCGCAUAGGAAAAUGCUACGCGAUUUGAAAUAUUCCGGCCGUUAAAGCUAAACCAUCUUGAGGUGGCCGACGGGUUCUUCAUACAAAAGUUAUCGGCAAAUCAUUUGACUAUAUAAAUUGAAGUCAUUGUCUUAAAUUAUGUUAGAUAUUUUCUGUACUUUU